UUUGAAUUAUCCAUAGAGUAACUUAAACCCCUCUCAAAUAUAUAUAUGCUUAUCUCAAUACAAGUUCCUGCACAUAUAAACUGAGUUAAAGUUAUCCUUUCACAGCCGAAAAUAUGAGUGACUCAAAGUAUGCAACCACUGCAAACAAUGGCCAGUAUGCAUAUGCAGAUCAAAUGAAACGAGAGACUGAGCUGGAAUUCUCCCCGGAAGAAGAAGAUAUCGUUGUAAAAAUGUUUAGAUUGGUUGGAAAAAGAUGGCAUCUCAUUGCUGGAAGAAUUCCUGGAAGAACAGCCGAAGAUAUUGAAAAGUAUUGGAAUUCAAAGUUCUCUUCAUCAACUGCGUGUUAAAUGCUGUAUAGCUGAUAUUCAUCUGCCUGAGUAUCAUUCUAAGUUCCUUUUACUUCUUACAAUUAAUAUGCAUGCUUUGAGAUUGUGUAACUUCUUAUGUAUUGAUUGUUAUAAUGAUCCCUACACCUGUAUCCACAAAUAUGUAUGAUUUAAUAAAGAUUUGUUAAGUGUUUUUUUUUUA